CAGGACGGUAAACCGUACAUCGAGACAGCGACCGCGAGCCCCACACACGAGGAUCCGCGGAACCAAGGGUACACGCUUGUGUGCCGCACGGUGUUUGCGUCUAAGGAGGACAUGGCGUUCUACGACGACGGGUGCGAGGCGCACGCGGCUAUCAAAGCGUUUGCGAAACCGAAGGUUGCUGGGCCGGCGUUGGUGGUGUACAUGGACGCUUGA